ACACAGGAACGGACAACGAACCACCCUUGUUUAAUAAAUCUUAGCUCGUAAACAUUGCUCCAAAUCAAGACGGAAACAAACACCUGCAAUCCAAGCACAAGCCAACCUGCAGUAAUGGGUGCUAGAAGUUGGCACCUCGCGAUAUUCUCCUUGUGUCUUUUCUUUGGUUCAGGUCUAGGAACAGCCACAACCACAAUAUUAAGAAAUGACAAAAACCAGGAAAUCUUCUCAUCAUCGGAAUUGGGCACUCAAUUGGACGAUGUUCCCAUCGUCAACCCCACAACUCCAGACACAGGAAAUCCGUAUAUGGGAAACCCUACAACUCCUCAAUCACCUGACACAACUGGGCAAACCCCAACAACCCCAACUACAACACCCACAACACCAACCACAACACCCACAACUCCAACUACAACACCCACAACACCAACCACGACUACUCCUGCAUCAUCAGGUGGUCAAUGGUGUGUUGCUAGCCAAGGAGCUUCAGACACUGCUCUACAGGUUGCUCUUGACUAUGCUUGUGGGUAUGGAGGUGCAGACUGCUCAGCAAUACAAACUGGAGCAAGCUGUUAUAACCCCAACACUGUACGUGACCAUGCUUCCUAUGCAUUCAAUGACUACUACCAGAAGAAUCCAGUACCUACCAGCUGUGUAUUCGGAGGAACAGCAACACUUACAAGCAACGAUCCAAGUAGUGGGAAUUGCAAAUACGCAUCACCCAAGUCAACAAGCAUUAGUCCACCACCACCAACACCAACAUAUGUCAGCCCACCGAGUCCACCAACUCCAAUGACCCCGACAGGAGGAACUACAAUUCCUGGUGGUGGAACAACAGUCUACGGUGCAGAACCAACAGGAAGCCCCAAUGCAGCCACAUCUGCAUUUCAUUCCUUGCUGCUGUUGUUCACAUGUGGUCUGUUGGCUUCACUUCAACUAGCAAAUUAUAUCUAGAUGAUAAACAAGGUCCAGUCAUUCUUUAUGUGAUGCGCCGGAAUUCAAUCAGACUUCCAGCAGUUUUUUGCAAAAUUUCAGGGUCAGAGUCAACAAGUCUUGCAAUUAAAAUUACUUCUACCUUUCAUCUAUGUAUGGCUGUUAGUUGAUGAAGCCAAAAGGAUUUAUAGGUAGUAGGCAGUUUUUCUGCAGUAUUAGCUUCUCUUCCAUAGAAAAUCCUUGUAAUUAAUAUCAGCUAGCAUGCCAUUUUAUUUACUAAACAGAAUAAAAUACAUUUAAAGAACUUA